AGUGAGCACCAGCUUUAGUUCCAAAAUAUAUCUCAUCACACACACACCCCAAAAAAGAGUGAUCAUAUCGAGCAAAACUAAAUGGCUCCAAAGUCUCUCCUGGUGAUUUUCUGCUUGUCCCUGCUGGCUAUAGCUUCAUCAUCAGACACUACUACUAGUAGUGAUGAGUCGGUGGGGCUGGCAGCAAACUUCUACAAAGAUUCAUGCCCACAAGCCGAAGACAUCAUCAAAGAACAAGUGAUGCUGCUCUACAAACGCCACAAGAACACUGCCUUCUCUUGGCUUAGAAACAUCUUCCAUGAUUGUGGUGUUGAGAGCUGUGAUGCAUCGCUGCUUCUGGACUCAACAAGGAGGACAUUGUCAGAGAAAGAGACGGACCGAAGCUUUGGACUUCGAAAUUUCCGGUAUCUUGAAACCAUCAAGGAGGCCGUCGAGAGGGAGUGCCCAGGGGUUGUAUCUUGUGCUGAUAUUCUUGUUCUUUCUGGCCGGGAUGGAAUUGUCGCGCUAGGAGGGCCACACAUACCUCUAAAAACAGGGAGAAGGGAUGGAAGGAAGAGCAGGGCUGAUAUUUUGGAGCAAUACCUCCCAGAUCACAAUGAGAGCAUGACUGUGGUUCUUGAAAGGUUCAAGAAUAUUGGCAUUGACACCCCCGGAGUUGUUGCCCUACUAGGUUCUCACAGUGUUGGGAGGACUCAUUGUGUGAAGCUGGUGCACCGUCUCUAUCCGGAGGUGGACCCUGCUUUGGACCCGGGUCAUGUUGAGCACAUGCUUCACAAGUGCCCGGACGCUAUCCCUGACCCAAAGGCCGUGCAAUACGUGAGAAAUGACCGCGGCACCCCAAUGAAGCUCGACAACAAUUAUUACAGGAACAUUUUGGACAACAAGGGAUUGUUGAUUGUUGAUCAUCAAUUGGCAAAUGACAAGAGGACUAAACCAUAUGUGAAGAAAAUGGCAAAGAGCCAAGAUUAUUUCUUUAAACAUUUUGGAAGAGCCAUCACCAUUCUUACCGAAAACAAUCCACUCACUGGCACUCAAGGUGAGAUCAGAAAACAAUGCAAUGUUGCCAACAAACACCAUUAAAUUAAACAAGAAGCUUAUUUAUCAGUACUUUAAUGAUGUUGUUGAGAAUAAAAGGAGGAUGAUGAUGGUGUGAGCAUCAUGCAUGCUGGCUUCCAAUGUGUUUUUAUUAAAUGUAGGGCAUGUUGUUUCUUUAAUUACUUUUUAUUUAUGUGUUUUGAGGAAAGUGAAUGAAUGUAGAUAUGGAUGGAUGGUGGAGUAGAUUAAUUAAUGUAUGGAUGUAUGCAUAAGAUGGUUGUUGAUCAAGAGCUCUACAAUUAAUCUAAUGCUUUCUUUGCUUUUGUGUGUA